UUUUUUGAGGUUAGUUGUCGAUCCGAUCCUCUCUGAAAAUUGAAAGAAAACAGCUGGUGAUCUAUUUGUCUGCUGCUCUAUUUUUAAUAUAAUAAUAAUACUUUUGACAAAAAUUAUUACUUAUUUAAGUUUUUAAUUUUUUUGUUGUUGUUAUUGAAUGAAUCAGUUACAAGAUACUUCCUUGAUGACAAUUUGUUAUUUAUACUGAUUCGAAUAAAAUGACGUCGUUUAGUGAAAACGUUGACAAUUUACUAACGGAUUCAUCUUCUUGCAAACAAAUGUCCUUAGAGAUGAAAUCCAUCACAGGAAAAGAUUCGUGUCAGGAAAAGGUCAAAUUUCGAACUGACAAAAUUGAAAAAUCACCGAAUGAUAAAAAGGACUAUAGAGGCCUUACAUUGUCUAAUGAUAUGAAAGUCCUGUUGAUUAGCGAUCCGACAACGGACAAAAGUGCCGCAGCACUCGAUGUUCAAGUUGGUCAUCUAAGUGAUCCCCGUGAGGUGCAAGGUUUAGCGCAUUUUUGCGAACACAUGCUGUUCCUUGGAACGAAAAAAUAUCCAGAACAAAAUGAAUAUCACACCUAUCUUUCACAAAACGGCGGACACUCAAAUGCCCUCACAUAUCCCGAUAAUACCUGUUACUAUUUUGACGUCAACACCGAUAAUCUCGAGGGUGCAUUGGAUCGUUUUGCGCAAUUUUUUCUCGAACCACUAUUCACUGAAUCAAAUACAGAGCGUGAAAUAAAAGCCGUGAAUUCAGAGCACGAGAAGAAUUUAGCAAAUGACACGUGGCGUUGGAAUCAACUUGAUAAAUCGUCGGCAAAUCCAAAUCAUCCAUAUUCACAUUUUGGCACUGGCAGUUUAGAGACACUUGAGAUUAUACCAAAACAGAAAAACAUUAAUAUUCGACAGGAGUUAUUGAAUUUUCACAAUAAAUGGUAUUCGUCAAAUGUCAUGGCUCUCAGUGUUCUUGGAAAAGAGAGUUUGGACGAACUGGAAAAAAUGGUUAUAAAAUUAUUCUCUGAUAUUGAGAAUAAAAAUAUAGAAGCGCCCAAGUGGACGGAACAUCCUUUCAAUGAGGAACAAUUUAAGAGCAAAUGGUACGUUGUACCGAUUAAGGACGUUCGAAAUUUGGGUAUGACAUUUUAUAUUCCGGAUUUACGAGAACAUUAUCGAUCUUCUCCCGUGAGUUAUUUGUCGCAUUUAUUGGGCCACGAAGGAGAAGGUUCACUGCUUUCGUUUUUGAAAGCAAAGGGCUGGAGUAAUUCCUUGGUAUCCGGUGGAAAACCAGGUGCUCGAGGUUUCAAUUUUUUCAACGUCUGCGUUGAUCUUACGGAAGAGGGUCUCAAUCAUAUUGACGAUAUUAUCACCUUAGUCUUCCAAUAUAUUAACAUGAUUAAAAAGGAAGGACCUCUGGAGCGUUUGUACAAUGAAAUUAGAGACAUUUCGCAAAUGAAUUUCCGUUUUAAGGAAAAAUCGUCGCCCUGUAGCUACGUGCAUUUUAUAGCAAAAUCUUUGCCGGAGUAUCCAAUUGAAGAAAUACUUACAGCAUCAGCUCUGUUUUUGGAAUGGAAACCAGAUCUUGUUAAAAUGGUCCUUGGUUAUUUGACUCCGGAAAAUAUUCGUAUUCACGUUAUGGCCCAAGCUUAUGAGAAUAUUGCCACUGACGUUGAACCCUGGUACAAAACAAAAUUUAAAAAAGAAAAAAUACCCGAAAAUGUUAUUAAAAAAUGGAGGAAUGCUGGUUACAAUUCUGAAUUGAAAUUGCCAGCUAACAAUGAAUUUAUUCCCACUAAAUUUGAUUUAAAACUGGAGAAUUCUGUUAUUGAUAAAUAUCCUUCAAUAAUUGAAGACACUCCGUUAAUGAGGGUUUGGUUCAAGCAGGAUGACGAGUUUCGUUUACCAAAAGCAAAUAUAACUUUUGAUUUUGUCAGUCCCCUAGCUUACAUCGAUCCAAUGAGUUGCAAUAACACUUACAUGUUUGUGCAAUUAUUCCGAGACGCACUAAACGAAUAUACCUAUUCAGCCGAAUUGGCUGGUUUGAAGUACGAGCUCAGUAAUAGUAAAUACGGUAUAAACCUUUCGAUCGGGGGCUACGAUCACAAGCAACUCGUUCUACUGGAUAAAAUUAUGGACAAAAUGAUGAAUUUCAAAAUUGAUGAGAAGAGAUUUGAGAUCUUGAAGGAAAAUUAUAUGAGGGGCUUAAAAAAUUUCGACGCUGAACAGCCGUAUCAACAUGCAGUUUAUUAUCUCUCAGUAUUAUUAUUGGAACAAGUUUGGGUUACGCAUGAUUUACUGGACGCAUGUGCUCAAUUAACGGUUGAAAGCGUACGGGAUUUUAUACCACAACUACUAUCAAAAAUACACGUGGAAUGCUUGAUUCAUGGAAACGUUACAAAAGACGAAGGACUAAAAAUUGCCUCCUUUGUCGAAUCAAAGCUAACAAGUCCAAACGAUUGCAAUAAAGGAAAUAUAAUACCAUUGUUGCCUAUGCAAUUAGUUCUAUUUCGAGAAGUUAGUCUAGAACGAGGCUCACACUUUUUGUACGAAACGGAAAAUAAACUACAUAAACCAUCGUGCACGGAAAUUUAUUAUCAAACCGGAUUGCAAUCGACAGAAGCGAAUAUGCUUUUGGAAUUAUUUUCGCAAAUAAUUUCCGAACCAUGUUUCACGGUUUUGAGAACGGAUGAACAAUUGGGUUACAUUGUUUGGAGUGGACUGAGAAGAACAAAUGGCACACAAGGUUUAAGAUUAAUUGUACAAAGCGAUAAACAUCCUCAAUAUGUUGAGGAACGAAUGGAUUUAUUUAUGAAAUCGAUGCAGGAUCAUAUCGAAAAUAUGACAGAGGAACAAUUCAACAAACAUAAGGAAUCACUAGCCGUUAAUCGACUGGAAAAACCGAAGAUAAUGUCAACACUUUCCUCUAUUUUUUGGCAUGAAAUUUCAUCUCAAUUGUACAAUUUCGAUCGAGUUAAUAUCGAAGUUGCGUACUUGCGGACAAUAACUAAAGAACAAAUACUUAAAUUCUACGAGAAUUACAUAAAUGAUGAUUCGCAAUUUCGACAAAAAUUAUCGGUUCAUGUGAUUUCAAUGGCAGAAGGUGGUUCUGGAUUGCAAGAGGAAACCGGAGCAACGAAGAAAAAUGAAGAUCAACAACCAAUUCGAAUUACUGACAUUGUUGCCUUUAAAUCAAAUCAUUCACUUUAUCCACUUGCGCAACCAUUCGAUAAUAUUCCAAGAAAAGGAACACGAUCGAAGUUAUAAAUUUUUUAGACGCAAGUACUCUAAAAAGAAACUAAAUUAGCAGCAUUUAAAAAAAAGAAAGAAACAAUUAAUUUUUAAAGAGAUUUUCAAAUCUUUUUUUUAGAUUUUAAUUUUCACGAAAUUGUUUAUAUAUAUACAUUAUUUUUGUUAUUGUUUCUUUUUUUAACAAUAACAAAGAAAACUAUAAUUAUGAAUACAAUGGUUCCGUUAUUUUAAAAUUUUUAUAGAUAUGUAUUUGUGAAAUCAAAAUCUUGUUGAAAUGAAGAAGAAAAAAAAAAGUUUUUUCUAACUUGUUGAACGCAGGAUAAGUAAAAUUUUCAUUGAAUGCACUCUUUACAUGCAUAAAAUAAGCAUAAUUAUUUAAAGCAUAAAAAAAAUCUUCUGUAAUUCACUAAUUUUAAUUAAAAAUUAAAUUAUUCUUGAAUGAAAA